AUGUGUUUUGCAAUCAAUAAAACAGAUGGAAUAGAUGAUGCAAAAAAAGAUUACAUAAUAAAUAAAGCCACAGAGUCUAACGAGCAUUGUAAAGAAACUUUAAAAAAGUUCGGUAUAUUAACUAUUGGUGGAGAGUUAAUAAAAAUUUUUAUUAAAGGUCAAGGAUUGGGCGACAAAGACUUCGCGGCGAAAAAACAUCAAGGUCAAUUUAUUCUCCGCAUUGAGGAUACUGACCUAGAAAGAAACCAGGAAGAAUUUGUUAAUAAUCUCUACCAAGACUUAUUGUGGCUAGGUAUCAAGCCUGACGAGUCAAUUUUUCAACCAGGAGAUUAUAGCCCUUACCGACAAACGCAAAGACUAAGUAUUUAUAGAAAGUAUAUCGAACAAUUAUUAAAAGCAAAAAAAGUUUACCUUUGUUUUUGCUCGUCUGAGGAGUUAGUCCAGGAAAAGGAGAAGUAUAUAAAAACAAAUCAAAAAAGAAACUACCAGUAUUCGCGAAAGUGCUUAAAGUUAUCAGAAAAUGAAAUUCAGACUUUUCUCCACCAACAAAAACCUCAUGUGUUGCGUCUAAAAAUUCCCCAAGAAAGAAAUUAUUUUUUCCCUGAUUUAGUACGGGGGGAGGUAAAAUUUCAGGGUCAAGAUAUUGAAGAUUUUGUUCUUUUUCGCCAAAAUGGUAUUCCUAACUACAAUUUUGCUUGUGUUGUUGACGAUCAUUUCAUGAAAAUUAGUCAUGUUUUACGGGGGGAAGAACAUUUGUCUAAUACUGGAAAGCAAUUGAAAAAACUUUCCAAGCGGGACCAAGAAACUAGUCAAUGGCAAUUAAUUAGUCAAUUACGAGCAAAAGGGACUACUCAAGAAAUUUUUUCUUUAUCCGAAGCAGUAAAAGAGUUUAAUUUAAAAGGACUUAAUGCCAGUGGAGCAGUCUACGAUUUGGAAAAACUUAAUUGA